ACGAGACGCACACGGACGGCUAGGCGGAAGUGAAACCUAACGAAGGUGGGGCUGCGUUACGCUGUGAAAAAAUACUGGACUGGAUUAAAAGUUGGAUCUGACUUUAGAAAUUAGUUUAUUUCCUUAUUCACGUGUUUAUGUGGUUUCUGACUGUGAUUUGAGUCGGAGUUGGCGGUAACGUGUCGAUAGCCUCCUAGUUCUGAAAGUGCCUGGUUCUGUGUAGAGUAAUAGGCCAUGUGAAAAUAUGUUUUGUAUUUUAAAAUGUAACGUAAAUAAUUAAUGUGUGGAUCAACAUAAAAGAGUGGAAUCCUAGAGAUCGAUGUGUGUUCAUAACAUGCUUAGUUAGCUCAAGUAUAGCGUGACGUCAUAUUCGUUACUGACCACGUGAUAUUAGUUACCUGCAAAGUGACCACGUCACAGUAGUCACCUACAGGUCUGUCAGGCUAUAGCAGGUACCUGCAGGAAUAUCACGCUAAGGCAGGUACUGCUGGGAGAUCACGUGACUAGAUCACAAUGGAUAAGGUGCACUGGAUAUAUCGCGCCUUUAGAUUUUGAUCAGGAUGUGGUUGAGCUGGACACGGCACUAUGGAUGACAUACGGACAGAGGUGGUCAAUGGCAAGUACACGGACGAGGAGAACAGUGACGCCUUCUCGGAGUUCCAGGGGACGGUCAUAUGGCCCAGACGAUCACUCUUGUAUCGAACAGCAUUUAUCGCCCUUGUGCCGCUGUUCGCUGUUUUUCUACUGGGAUUCAGCAGCCCGUUUUGGAUGAAAAAACACCAGGUGGAGAAAUACAGAGGACACUACAACCUGUUCGACAAGGUGGAUGUUAGUAUAGGACUGUGGCGGGUGUGUGAGGGGAAGGACUUCUUCGAUAUCAAGGACUGUACGAGUCUGCCCAACAUUACCUCAUACGAGAUGGCGUGCCAGUCGAUGAUGUGUCUAUCCCUCAUCUUCACCCUCUUCUCGCUCAUCUUUGGCUUCUACGAGAACUGCGCCACCAUGUACGAGAUUGAGGACGGGAGCGAGAGCAAGACAAAAUGGCCGGAGAUGAACGCCAUAGCUGCAGGUAUCUUCGGUAUGAUCGGUGUGGGCAUGUACGGUGCCAUCAUCAUAGAGCUGGCUAAAGGGGGCGAUGGAGCCGUCCACUGGGCCUUUCCCGUGACAACCAUAUCCGCCACGGGUUUCAUCGUCUGCGGCAUCCUCAUGGCCAUAGCCAACCCGAUCCAUGCGCCCCGGCAGAACUACCCCGGCCAGAUCAUGAGCCUCUCCCGUCAGAGCUCCCUCCGUGUCCGUGAGCCCAGCGUUCAGGACCGUCUGGUGUCCACCAGCGAGACGGCGGGGCAGUACUCGGGCGCCCCGGCCCCCUCCACCCUGUACGGCGUGAUGGGGGGCGGCAAGGAGUCGCGCGACGCCCCGUUCCUGCAGCGCAGCGACUCUUGCCUGAGCUCACACAUGUCCUCCCCCGACCUGUUCCUCGCCUCCACCAACGCCGAGAGCAACCACUACGGCGGCCACCGCAGUACUCACGUCGUGGAGACGCACGACUGCUACUCCAGGACCUAUGACGUCAGCAGGAGGAGCAACGUCAAGCUGCAGAACAAGGCGGCACAGCGCCGCUCGUGGCACUUCGACGACCGCAGCGGGGCCUACGUUGUAAGUGACCUUAUCAACAGACCGUGUGACGUCACGCCGUCUGGCGACAAGCGUGACGUCAUCAAACCGCCCGUGCCUCCGCGACGUGACAAGAACACGUCACCGUCACACCCCCUCCCCUCCCGCCCGUCCAAGAGCAAAGCAUUAAACUCGAUACCCGACGAGUCGAACGACCUGAUGGUGCUAGACGACCCGGUCGUGAUAGCCCCAGUCAGCCCCGGCCGGAACCUGAACCAGGAUAAGAGCGACGAACAGACGUCAUCGUCUAGCCGGAACACAAACCCUUUCAUCGACGACCCGCCAUCGUCGUCGUCGUUAUCGGGGUCAGCCUCCCACCCCCGCCCCAGUCUACAACACAGCUCCGUCAGCACCGAGUCUUGGGAGAGCCAGCCCUGGCCCGACCCCCCCACCGAGAUGGAGAUCCUCGGGAACACGUCGCCCUCCUGCACCACCGAGACGUCCUCGGUCUCCAACACCCCCCAGCCCGUCACGCCCCAGCCCAUCACCCCCCAGCCCAACACCGUCCCCGAGAGCCUCCAAUACCAGCCCCAAAACUACGCUAGCCUCUCACGAAAACAAACCCAGGAAGACAAAAAAAGCCCGUUUAUCAAAUCCGACACCUCGGAAUCGCAUUGUGACUCCAAUUCCGUCAGAUCAAAACAAGGGGAGCGAACUCACAGAUCAGGCGACACAACUCCUGCUAAACAUAAACAAGGGGAGCGCAUCUACCGGCCGUCUAGUAACGGGAGCACCAAGUCCCGACAGGAGUCUCACGUGCCGGUGUUACAAGAGUACGACAACCCCUUGUUUAAAUCCCAGACACCGGAAGACCGGCGAGGGCUGGCGUUCGAGCAGGAAUUCGACCUCAAGAUCUGCGACUCGACCUCCUUCAUCCACCCCUCCCCCACCCCGCCGCCUUCAUACUUCUCCAUUGUGGACGCGGUGCAGGCCGAGCCGACCUCGUACCGACGCCACAGUAGCCACUACAGCUACAGCCCCAAGCUCGACCCCAGGGGCUCGCCCCACACCGUACCCAGACCCGCCUCUCUAGAAAACGGCAAAGACCCACCGCCGGCGUACACCCGCCACCCUAAAGGAAACAAGGGCGACAACUCCAAGAAACAAGCCACGCCCCGAGAUAAGGGUAAACAUCAACAAAAUGGCGGCGUGAGGUCACGACCCCGGCAGGUCAAGCGUGAACACAACCAGCGGCGUAACGCCCAACAGGAGGGGCCGCAGCCCCCCUCGCCACACGCCGGCAGCUACGGUUCCAGCCCCGACCUGACGACACGUUCACCAAAGCCUGGACGUCGCAUGACCUCUAGCACAGGCCUGGCUAAUGGAAACGUCUAUGUCCAGGAGGACUGUAAUAGAAACAUGGCGCCCCGGACCCCGCCCCCUCCCGACUGUCGCCCCAGCUCCUACGGGUAUGACUGCAACAGACAAUCGCCUUACUUCAUUCGGCCAACCAAUCAGUUUCCUCAUUGGGGCGACUCUGACCUCUGACCUCUACACGUGAGCAAGCAAUGACUGUUCCCACAGUGGACCUUCAUGAGGACCUAACGCGAAAUUUGACCAGUCCACAGUGGACCUUCGUGUGGACCUAGUGCGCCUUUUGACCUGCUCAUGUUAACAAUAGCCACAGGGACUCCUGGCCAACCCUGGCGUAGUUAGAGGUCUGUAGCAACCAUGUGACGUCACAGACCCCGUGACGUCACGCACCGUGUGACGACACAGAACCUGCGAGCCUGUAUCAUAGCAACGACGCCUGUUAGUUGAAUGUUACUACUAACCAUGUUGAUAUUUGAAUAACCUGCUUCUCUCGCUGAUCAUAACCCUCUGCUGUAGCGCCCAAUGUACUCCGUCUGUUUCUCCUCUUGUCUGCUUAUACUGCCUUUUACUGCCAAGUGUCAUCUCUGCCAAGUGUCACCUGUCACACUGACAUGUUCAAUAAUUAGAGCUAGUCGCCUGUAAUUAACCCAUUUACAAAACUCAUGAGUCACAAUUUUUUACUUUAUACAGAUGAUUAUGUAGCAUAUUUUACUGUAGACGGAUGAUCAUGUCACAUAUUUUUACUUUAUACAGAUGAUUAAGUAACAUAUUUUACUGUAGGCAAACGUUUAUGCGACAUAUUUUUUACUGCCAUGUAGUAUUGGUAGUGCUUUAUAAACCAAGGAUGGUAACUCUGUGAUGUAUUUGUAAACAAUGACAUGUAGAACUGACACAAGCCAUCACAAGUCGCAGUAGAUAACCUUUAGCCUUUAGCAUUGAGUAUCUGUCUACUUUGUAUUUAGUCAUUGGAUAUGUACAGUUUCUCACACACUUCCCUGCUUCACACAUCCCUGUGUAAUUUGACAUCAGCUCCCCAUUUUUCCCAAGCCAACUACACUCCGAUAAAGCUGUGACAGCCGGAAGUCUUGACAGCCCCUCCCACCGACUAGACCAACUUUAUUUGACCCUACCCAGCCAAUGGGUGUCAUCUCAUGCACCGAGUGAACCAGGAAGACGAGGUCACAAUGACAUGAUUACGUCAGCACAUCAUUUAUUUACCUAGAGGUGUUCAACUCUUA